AUGAACCUCAACUCCAAGCGUGGCCACGUACUUCUUCUCGAAGCGUUCAGCGUCUUCGUCAAGAACAAGAACUGGCUCCAAUCUCGACAACGAGGGGCUCCAGAAACUAUUCGAGAAUUCGAGAGAUCGAAUGACGCCCUUAAGGCUGUUGAGGGACUCGAUGGCACCAUCAUUGACGGGGGUGAAGCCGAGCAAAAGCUGACGGUGUGUCGUGCCCAGAAGAGAAGCGAACGCGCAGCCGAAUUGAAACAUCGAGCACUAUACGAGCAAUUCAAGAUUGAUACAAUGCAGCGCUGCCAAGGAGUCAACCUUUACAUGAAGAACCUUGACGACGAGGCGAGGGACGAACAAGCUUUUUGCUGCCUAUGGAAAGAUCACUUCGGC